AUGAGUCACCAAAGUAUAAGACACGAGCAGCAAAGUAGUCAAAGUAGCGCUUUUUUUGAAAAGCGGAAGCGCAUGCGUGAAGAAAGCACCUUUUCAAUUUGGCCACCUUCGCCGAGACCUCACGAAAGAUAUGAUCGCUCUUUACCAGAACGUGGAGGAGACUUGAGACGAUCAAAGACUAGAAAACGCGCACGACGAAGUGAUACUGAUGAUUCCGGUGAUGAUUAUUCUUCCAUCACCGAAUCUGGUACUGAAGAGGAAUCCGACUAUGACAGUGAUGAUAGUGAAGAAGAAAACGACGUCAUUCAAAGAAGAAAAGACAUCGAAAAGUCAUCCACAACAAAAUCAAAAUCAAGACGUCAUCAUCACGAUCAUCAUAAAAGUAAACGUUCUCCAUCUGUUAGCGACACCGACAACAGCUCUGUUACUGAGUCUUCAGACACGGAAAGAAGUGGUCCGAAUAAAGGUGAUAAUGAUGACAAUAAUAGCAAGAACAAUGGUGUAAUAGAAAUUGAUGAAAAUGACUUGACGAAUCUUAAUAUGAAUGAGCUUUGGGUCGAGAAAAAAAUCGAGCUACCUGAAGAUCUUAAUGUGGGACCUGCGCCUUUACCAGUGACUGAUGCUAAACUCGGUGAAAGAGAGUAA